AUCUAUGUUCAGUGAGCAAUAACUGGAAAUUUCUUUAGGUAUAGCUAGCUAUAAGUGCAGUAAGAACAAUGGCUAGUUGUGAGCAAGGAACUAUAGAGCAAGCUUCCCUUCAUGAAACUCCUGCACCAGAUGCCAACAGAGAUGCCACUGAAGCCACACGACUCGUGACAAGUAAUCACGGGAAAUAUGGCAACAAGAAAAGUGUGCUGAUCAAGUCAAAGGCUGCAAUAAUGAUUCUCUGUUGGACUGCUUUAAUGUCAUUGAUCUAUGGUAGUUUUCUGAACCCUGAAGUUUACUUUUUCUUAGCCAAUACACCAGAACUCGGUUUUGAGACUCUUGAGAUAAAAAUAGCUAGUGGUGUGUAUGCUGCAUUUGCUUUCUGGCUCCUCUUUUAUCCUCUAGCCGGAUACUUGGCAGAUGUUCGAUAUGGAAGAUAUAAAGUUGUGAGAUGUAGUGUAUGCACCAUGUGGUGUGGACUCAUGACUAUGGCUGUUAUCGGUGGUAUUGUGAACGCCAUCAUUUUACCAAUUAUGUUAACUAGAACUCUGUUUGAUUCCUUUGAGUCUGCAGUCAUUUCAUUAAUAGUAGUGAAUUGUGUACUUGGACUUUUUAUACUUAUCUCCUUGUUGAUUGCAUUUGCUGGAUUUUUAGCCAAUGUUAUUCAGUUUGGAGUUGACCAAUUAAAUGAUUCUCCUUCUAGAGACAGCUUUCUUUUCACUCACUGGUUUCUCUUCACACUCUAUAUUGGAAUAAGCUUUGGGAAACUGGUAUGGAGUUCAGUUAAUGUCACUGGUUUCUUGAGCCUUUCUACAUUAGCGCUUGUCCUGUUAGUUGAGCUGAUUUGUAUACCUGUAACUCUCUGUUUUGCUAAGAGAAGGUGGUUUGUUAUUGACACUGGCAUUGGUAAUCCUUACAAAGAGGUUGCAAGAGUUGUCGGCUUUGCAAGAAAAAACAAGAUUCCUAUUCAACGCAGUGCCUUUACAUUCUGGGAGGAUGACAUACCCACUGGACUGGAUCUAGGGAAGGACAAGUAUGGAGGACCAUUCACUACCGAGCAGGUGGAGAAUGUGAAAUCAUUUUUUGGAAUCGUUAUCCUUUUAUUUUCAGUAGGACCAUUUUUUACGGCUGAUAUUGCUGCUGCACCUUUUCUCAGUAUACUUAAAGAUCACAUGAAGGUUGGGAACAUUUUACCGUUUGAUAUAAGCAACAUAUUUUACUCUAUGUUUACUAAUGGUGGGACUCUGUAUCCUGUCUUUCUUGUUGUUUUUGUUCCUAUUUUUCUCAAGUUUAUUCAUCCUCUGUUUCAAAAGUACUUCCCUGGUAUUCUAAGGCGAAUUGGAAUUGGUCUUUGUCUUAUCACUGUUAGUCUGUUUUGCUCACUGUUUGUUGAGACGUUUGGUCACCUCCCUAGCCACUAUAAUGCUACUAUUUCAAUAUUUGCUCCUGGAAGUUUUGUUGAGGAUGUAUUUGCCUCAAGUAAUUUUUCUACUUUUGUUGCUGCUCCCUCCCUUGAAGCCCCCCCUUACAUUCUCAUUAUUCAGCAAGUCCUUGUUGCUGUGGCCUAUGUAUUAAUCUAUGGUGGAGUGUUUGAAUUCAUCUGUGCUCAAAGCCCUCACUCUAUGAAAGGAUUUCUCAUUGGAAUUUUCUUUGCUAUUAAAGGACUAUUUCAAUUGAUCGGUGUUCUUGGAAUUCUUUUACCUUUUAGUUUCUGGUGGCACUCCCCUUUUGUUGGACUGGUUUAUUUCCUAGUGAACAUUGUUAUUUCAGUCGCAGGUGUUGUAGUUUUCAUAAUAGCAGCAAAGAGGUAUCAGUAUCGUCAACGUGAUGAACUGUGCAAUGAACGAAAGUACAUUGAAGAGUUUUACGAGAAGGCUGUUAAUCACAAUCGUGAAUUUGAGGAUCUAGAUAUUCACUUUGAGAGUGAUUCUGACUCAGAGACCCAAUGACUGUGUAGUGACUGUGAUACGGAUAGUUAUUUAUACUUGAGUAAUUGGUUUGUAUUACGUGUAAUGUAUAUAUAAGUGGAAAUUAAUUGUCUCAAUUGUCUAUUAGUAGUAAUCCACCCCCUUC